GUCAAUAUCCGGGGUAUUUCACGUUCUGUGAAACAACAGAUUUUAAUGAGGAUCAAACAAUUCGUCAUAUCGAACCAGCCAUGACCUAUCAACUUGAGCUUACUAGGUUAUCCAAUUUCGAUAUUACUCCUUGCUAUACCGACAAUAGACAGAUCGUUAGUUCCGAACAUAAGAAUUCUGACUGCAAUCAUUUAUUUAUAAAUUUCAUUCCAACAUUUGUGUUAGAACCAAAACAAGUUGAGGAAGCUGUUAAAGGAUUUAUUAAUCGGCACAAAAAAAGAUUAUGGAGGUUGCGUGUGACCGAAGCCGAAGUUUGUUUCAAAGUUGAAGACCCUACAUUAGUAACAAGUUAUCCUUUACGUGUCAUCAUUAAUAAUGUCUCCGGGGUUCAAUGCACUUGCAACCAACCCACACACUUUACCAACAAAAGAAUGGCUUCAACCAAGCGUUAUAAGGCUCAUUUAAUGGGUACCGCCUACGCUUCCGGUGGUAAAGAAUGGGAAAAUGCAAUACGAACUCUGAGAAACGGUAUAAACCGUCUUCUCAAUGAUCAUAAUGUCGACAAAUUUGAAAGAAACAACACUCUUUGUGCCUACGCUUACGAUUUUCCCGAAUUAUUUCGCCAAGCAAUUAGAAUACUAUGGAAUCGUGCAUCUCAUCGUAGUUCAAACCUUAAAUGUCCUAGUGAUGUUUUGGAAGCCAAAGAACUUGUGCUUGACGAGAAUAAUAAUUUACAAGAAGUGGAGAAAGCUUUAGAAACGAAUUAA